CUUUCAUCCUCGCAUCUCAUACCCACAUCGACGCAUCAUGGCUGCCAGUGUCCGUAUCUCCUCAGACAUGGCUCGACUGGCCACCAACGACCACAGCCCAGACAUCUUCACCAUCGUCUGCUGCAACGAGUGCUUCCAGCUUGCCCUCGACCUGGCCACCAUCAAGACCCUCCUGCGGGUGUGCAAACGAGCCCAUCCUCUCCUGAGCUCCAAGGUGGCUCGUUUACACAGCUGGUGCAGGAAGGCAGGCCUGUGUCGUCCUGACAGAUCACCCCGAAUCGUCCUCACCCCGAGCGACCAGAUCUCCCUCUCGCUUCACUGCAAGGAUCAGGCUGAAGCCGAUCGAUCCUGGCUCAUCGAUCAAGCAGACCAAGGAAACGCAUCGGCCUCAUAUCUCCUGGCCCGGGUUUUCCAAAGCGAUGUCGGCAACAGAGUUGCGGUCGACGCCGAGCGGGUCGCCAAACAGCAGCAAAUCUUCCACCUCCUCGAAGCAGCGGCCAAAGCCGAUCAUCCCAUGGCGCAGUUCUAUCUGGCCGAGUGUCACGUCUACGGCCGCGGUGUCGACCAAGACCACACCAAGGCCACCGGGCUCUAUCGCAAUCUUGCUGAGCGUGGAUUCGCACAGGCUCAGAUCGCCCUCGGUGAAUGCUAUGAGGCUGGCGAAGGUGUCGAACAAGAUUUCAGCACAGCCAUCGAAUGGUACAGUCGGGCCGCAGACCAAGGCUGCGAAGAUGGUCGACUCCAUAUCGUGUUCCUCCGUGGGUGGUUCUCAUUCAUCGGCCUUGGUGUCGAGCAGAGCGAUGAAGUUGCCUUCAAUCACUGGCAGGAAGUCAGCACCCAGUCCACCAACCCAGUCAUCAAGACCAUCGCCACCCACAUGGUCGGAUGGAUGCAUUACCUUGGCCGGGGUACCGAACGAGACGAGCAGAAGGGAAUCAAGAUCGUCCGCGAUAGCAAGUCCAAGGAAUUCCCGCUCGGAGAGGAUAGUGGUCUUGCCGGAUGGUACAUAAUCCCCUGCAGAUCACCCGCAUCGCACAAGUUUUAUCGGUUGUGCCAGCUGGGAUCGGAGCGAGACUGGCUCUGCAAGCAUCUGGCGGCCGUGUGUUUGAUCAACGGAUUCGGAACGGCAGCGAACGCAGAGAUGGCUGCGUGCAUCUUUGAGCAGCUUGCCAACGAAGGCCAUGGCGACAGCCAGUUCAGGCUGGGGAUGUGCUAUCGGUAUGGCUGGGGCGCACGGAAAAGUUACUCAAGGGCAAUUCGGUGGUUCCGCAAGGCAGCCGACCUGGGGAACUCGUAUGCACCGUGGAUGGCCGGCCAGUGCUAUCAUUACGGAUACGGAGUCACCACGAACUACGAAAAGGCAGCCAAGUGGUACCGCAGGUCCGCCAAGCGGGGCAACCGAUAUGGACAGUGGCAACUCGGCUACUGUUACAAGAAUGGAUUUGGCGUCAAGAGCGACAUCGACAAGGCAAAAUACUGGUACCGCAAGGCAGCCGACCAAGACUUUGAUAUCCCCGCCAUCUCACUCAGAGAGCUUGAAAAUGUACGCUAAUCUGCAGUCCAUGUGCUGCUAUCGAACAAACAAGCAAGUGAAGCGUUUCAUCCAUUGCAAGCGCCCGAAUGUCCACAUCCAAUGAACCUUCAGCGUGACACUCGCGAAGCGGCGAUAGCUGAAUGGAAUUGUGUUUGACGCUCAAUACAUUCAAUUCAGCCAAUAUAGAACACCGUGCUGCCCAU